GAGAACGAAAGGUCUUUCUAGGUGCAUUCGACCCUUUAAUACUUAAGUGGCAUAUCUCUUCAUCCUGUCUCUCUUUUCCCUUUCUUUCAUUGUUUGUUUUGUUUGCACUCUCCUCUCCCCUUAACAGUAACUCAACAAUCAAGAGGAUCAGAUCCAUAGGAGAAGUUUUAUCUGUCCAUCACCAAAACCGCGACUACUGAUCAGUCAAUCCCAUCAAUCAAAUCAAAUCAUCAGAAAGAAAAGAAAGGAAAGAAAAGAAGAAAAAAAAAAGGGAAUCAACAAAAAGAGGAACAACAACAAUAUCAAACAUGUCCUCCUCAUCCACUUCCUUUUCACCGGACCAACAACACCUCUCUCCCUCCGACCAGCUCUGCUAUGUCCAUUGCAACUUCUGUGACACUGUCCUCGCGGUGAGUGUUCCUUGCACCAGCUUGUUCAAGAAUGUCACUGUGAGAUGUGGUCAUUGCACCAACCUUCUCUCAGUCAACAUGCGUGGACUGCUUCUUCCCAGUGCCAAUCAGCUUCACCUUGGCCACACUUUCUUCACUCCUCAAAAUCUUAUGGAGGAGAUUCGUAAUGCACCUUCAACAAACAUAAUGAUGAAUCAGCUGCCGAACCCUAAUGAUUUGGUCAUGAGCACCAUGAGAGGAGGGCCUGAAGAAACCCCUAAGCCUCCAUCAGCUAAUAGACCUCCAGAGAAGAGACAGCGAGUUCCGUCUGCUUACAACCGCUUCAUCAAGGAUGAGAUCCAACGUAUCAAAGCUGGGAAUCCUGAUAUAAGCCACAGAGAGGCCUUUAGUGCAGCUGCAAAGAAUUGGGCCCAUUUUCCACACAUUCAUUUCGGACUCAUGCCUGAUAAUCAACCCGUGAAGAAAGCUAAUGUUCGUCAGGAAGCAGAGGACGUGCUUAUGAAAGAUGGGUUUUUCGCACCGGCUAAUGUAGGCGUCUCUCCCUACUAGAGGUGUUUAAGAAUUUUAGGGCUUUGAGUAUUGUUACCCAUGCAUGUCUCUCAUUAAGUAAUUGUGUACUAGGAGUUUGUCUUAUGCAUAUGAAUGUUGUGCACUUGUAUUAGUACUUGUUGGUGUUAAAAGUUGUUAGUUUAUGUUUACAAUCAAUGGUGGAAGGGAAUUCUGACGAAGCUAGAUUAGUUCUUCUGAAAAUGAAGAUGGUUUAUUUUCUGUUGAACUGGUCCUGGAAUGUAGAAAGCUCAAGUUACAAUAUUUAAUUUGAAGUUUUUCUUUAUUCUUA